AUGGGGAGUGAGCAGCACGGCUAUAUAGCGAUGCCAAAGAUGGAGGAGGCGCUUGUGAGCCACCUGUCUUCAUCAACGGCAAGUGACCUUCGUGAGGGUAUCAACACUUCGGUGAGUACAGAUGUGCAGUCUGUAUUCAAAGGUAAAACGUACAGCCAGUUGCAGGCGCUGCACAUGAACAUAGAAAAUAAGAUGCAGGCUGGUGGCUUGAACCUGGACAUCGGUUACUGGGAGAGCCUGCUGCAGCAGGUGCGAGUCUACAUGGCACGGGCAAGACUGAGGGAGAGGCAUCAGGAAGUCCUCAGGCAGAAACGCUAUAAGCUGAAGCAGGAGCAGGGGGUGGAAAGCGAACCACUCUUCCCCAUUAUCAAAGAGGAACCCGAGGCUGAGAAUCCAGUGUGAGAUCCAGUUCCAGU